AUGCACUACCCAUCAUUCCUUCUUGCCGCCCUCUUAGCUGCCAUUCCGAGAGCCAGCGGAGAAUGCCACCGCUCUGGAGAAACAUGGGGCGGAGAUAAGUUCACCGCACUAGAAGCAGCCCAGCGUCUUUGCACCGACGGCAGCUUAUCUCCAGGUGACUAUCGGCGCGGAGAGUUCAAGACCUUCUGUGUUAAUCUGAGCACCUUGAAGAAGGUAGACUUUACUAUCCUGGUCGGUGGAAACGUGAUCGGGGAAGGGUUCAGUAUUUCGUCGGCUGAUUGCACCGAUCGACUCCACAGAGAGAUCAACGGCUGUGAUCAUGGGGGCAGGUCUUCUUAUAAACAGGGGGAAGACAAUCCUCAAGGAGCCAACGUUGUCUGGGAUUUCUCUGCGGAUCCCGGUUCGGGCCAGUGUGCUUAA